AUGACACCUCCCCUUCGACUCUACAGCGCCGACGGCGACCAGCGCAACGCCCCUGGACCCAACCCUGAUGUCGGCAUGCACCACGAUGACGACCGCAAAGACCACGAGAAGGGUCAGCCCGAAUCGCACCAGUCUCUCGACGCCAAGGAUGAGAAGUCCAUCAAGAAUAAGCUCGCCCAGGCUGGUAAGGAAGCUAGGGAGGAAGCUGAGGCCGAGAAGGCAAAGCAAGAAGCCAAGCCCACCGAUGCAGCUCGUGCAAAUGGUAACGAACCAUCGCGAGGCGCUAAGAUCGACGAGCAGAUCGAGGAGGAGGAGCGAAAGAUGCUCGAGGCCAAGGGAAUCAAGCCCUAA